UAUCGUUCACUCUCCGGAUUCCGAGCUCUCCAUUUUCUGGGGUUUAAGCUGUGUUUUGGCAGCUUCAACUGCAUCUUUCUCUCUCCAAGAUCAUCGACUAUCUGCAUAAAAAGUUCAGAGAAGAAACAACUAUGGCAGGAAGAUUAGGAAGAAGAGUAGUUAACUUGGCCAACCUCCCAAUCAAGCUCCUCAUGCCUUCCCACUUCUCCAACAUCACCGAAAUUUCUCUCAAAACCAUCCCUUCUGCUUCCAAGAUCGAAAUCAAGAGGGUUUUGGAAUCACUCUACGGCUUCGAAGUCGAGAAAGUCCAAACCCUAAAUAUGGACGGAAAGAAGAAGCAAAGAGGCGGUAUUCUUCUUGCUAAACCCAAUUACAAGAAAGCUUUCGUAACCCUAAGAACCCCUCUUUCAAUUUCACCUGAUCUUUUCCCGAUUAAGGUGAUUGAGGAUGAUAAAAAGGAGUUGAAUAGGCAGUCUAAGACUAGCAUUGUUGAGGCUGAGGGUCAGAAGAGAUCACAUUGGCUUGAAGGAAAUGGUAACCGCCCUGAUAAGACUCCUCAUCGCCACCGCGGUUAUGCCGCCGGGGGUUCCCUUCCUCCUCGCCGCCGGGGUCGUGCUAUUAAGGGUCCUGAUGAGACGGUCAAGUUUCCCUGGACUAGUAUGAAGAGGACCACUAAUGCUGCUAGGUAGAUGCUUAAUUUGUUUCUUGUUCGUUUAUUCGAUAAUUAGUUAUCAGCAUGAGUAGACUGAUGGGAUAAGGUUGUUGUUUAUCAUGAUUACUAUCAGAAUUAUUUUAAGGCGGUGGUGAUUUUGGUUUCUGUUUGUCUUUGCUGCUGAUUUAGUGGUUGUGUUGUUAUUGAUGUUUUGCUUUUACUGGAAUUGUGACGAGUUGUAUUGAUGUCGAAAAAACUGCACAAUUGUUCCUGUUCAGUAAUAAUGGUCUUGCAGUUCUGUGAUUCUCAA